AUGAAAACAAUUUCAAAAUUAUCUCAACUUGAUCUAGUAAGAGGUCUUCCAAAAAUUAAGUUUGACAAAGAUAAAAUCUGGGAAGCUUGUGUAAAAGGAAAGCAAGUCAAAAGUAGUUUUUAUUCAAAAGAUUUUAUUUCAACUAAAAAACCUCUAGAACUACUUCACAUUGAUUUAUUUGGUCCUGUCAACACCACUAGUCUUGGUGGAAAACAAUAUGGUUUUGUUAUAGUUGAUGAUUUCUCCAGAUACACAUGGGUUUUGUUUUUGAAAAAUAAAGAUGAAUCUUGUGAUGCUUUCCAAAACUUUUGUAAACUUGUUCAAAAUGAACAAAGCUCAAAUAUCAUCUCUGUCAGAAGUGAUCAUGGAGGAGAAUUUGAAAAUUCAUCUUUCAAAUCAUUCUUUGAUGAAAAUGAUAAUCUUGGUAAAUUUGAUUCAAAAUCAGAUAAAGCUAUUUUCUUAGGUUAUGCUACUAAUUCUAAAGGAUAUAGAAUUUAUAACUUAAAAACUCAAACCAUGGAAAUAAGCAUGAAUAUUAUCUUUGAUGAAUUUGAUGAUCUUAUAAUGCCAUCAAUUGAUGAUGAGCAAGAAAGACUAACUUCUCAGGAUGUUCCAAAUCAAAAGAAAGAAGAUGAUCCUCUUCUUCCUCCAAAAACCUUAAGGAUUGUGGGGAAUCAUCCUCAAGAUCAAAUCAUUGGAAGUUCCACUGAUGGAAUAAGAACAAGACUAUCAUUCAAAGACAAUGAUAACAACAUGGCAAUGAUCUCUCAGAUAGAGCCAAAAUCCAUUGGCGAAGCCAUUAUUGAUAAUUCAUGGGUAGAAGCAAUGAAAGAAGAACUUCUUCAGUUUGAGAAAAAUCAAGUAUGGUUACUUGUUCCAUCUCCUACAGAUCAUUCAAUCAUAGGAACAAGAUGGGUUUUUCGAAACAAGCUAGAUGAGGAAGGUUAG